CACAUGAUUCCAUGUGCGUUUCAUAAGGCCAGAGAGCCAGCUAAGACUUUAACUGAAUGCGCUGCUCUCCUUUACAUCAUUUUGUAACAAUGCGUCGCUCGGGACAUUGACAUCCACGGCGUCUCGUUCUAGAAUUGUCAAAGGAAUUGGUUUGUAACUGGCGCGAUGUUUUUCUCGUUGGGAUCGGUGACAGCUCUAGCGGCUGGCAUUUUCGCCCUACACGUUGUACAGAAACGGUGUUUCCCUUACUUUUGGAAGGAUGUUUUUUAUUUAGUGAAAGUCAUCCGGUACGGCGCACGUCUGGAGAUAUUCAAAAUUACUUCAAAAGUUGUCACUAUCAUUGACAGAUUCGUGCAACAGGCAGAGCGAAUUCCCACAAAACCUUUCCUUAUAUAUGAGGGAAUAACGUACACCUAUCAAGACAUUAACGAGCGGAGCAACAAAUUGGCGAAUGUCUUCCUCGAGCAGGGCACGUUGAAGAAAGGGGACUCCGUUGCGCUUCUGAUGAACAAUGAGCCCGACUUCAUCUGUGUUUGGUUCGGAUUGAUCAAACUCGGAUGUGCAGUGGCCUUUCUAAACACAAACAUUAAGUCCAGAUCGUUGCUACAUUGUUUCAACUGCUGUGGGGCCAAGACUCUUGUUGUUGGUGCAGACCUGUUGGACUCCUUGGAGGACAUCUUGCCCAGCUUCCUGGAGGACAACAUCUCGGUGUGGGCCAUGAAGAACGAGAGCAGCCACACGGAGGUCCAGACACUGCUAGAUAAGAUGGACAAGGCGUCGGACAAGCCCACCCCGCCUGCCCUGAGGGCUGCCACCUCCCUCAAGGCCGCCACCCUCUACAUCUUCACCUCAGGAACCACUGGUCUGCCUAAGGCUGCGGUCAUCACACACCUCCAGUCCCUGAAGGCUGCAGCAGGGUUCUGGGCCUACGGUGGGUCGGGAGAUGACGUGGUCUACAUCCCCCUGCCUCUCUACCACAGUGCAGCCUCUCUCAUCGGCGUCGGGGGAACCAUCGAGAUGGGCGCUACCUGUGUCUUGAAGAAGAAGUUCUCAGCCUCACAGUUCUGGAAUGACUGUAGAAAAUACGACGUGACCAUCUUCCAGUAUAUCGGCGAGCUCUGUCGAUAUCUGUGCAACCAGCCUAAGGCCGAGGGGGAGAAGAAGCACAAGGUGCACAUGGGUGUGGGAAACGGGCUCCGGCAGGACGUGUGGCGGGAGUUCCACCGACGUUUCGGCGAGAUCCGCAUGUGCGAGCUCUACGGCUCCACAGAGGGCAACCUGUGUUUCAUGAACCACAUCGGCAAGAUCGGAGCUGUGGGCCGCUCCAACUUCUUCUACAAGCUCCUCUUCAAGUAUGACCUGGUAAGGUAUGACAUGGUACGAGAUGAGCCGGUCAGGAACAGCCAGGGCUUCUGUCAACACGUUAACAAGGGUGAGACGGGUCUUCUCUUGUCCAAGAUUGGCGCCUCCAGUCCCUUCUUUGGCUACGCGGGGAGCAAACAGCUGACCGAGAAGAAGUUGAUGAGGAACGUGUUCGUGAAGGGAGACGCGUACUUCAACACUGGAGACCUCAUGGCUGAAGAUGCUGAGGACUUUAUCUGUUUCAAGGACCGAGUGGGGGACACUUUCAGGUGGAAGGGUGAAAACGUGGCAACAACAGAAGUGACGGAGGUGCUCGGACUGGUAGACUUUAUCCAAGAGGCCAAUGUCUAUGGGGUGGAGAUUCCAGGAAAUGAGGGAAGAGCCGGAAUGGCCGCCAUCAUCGUGAGGCCUGAAUGUGAGUUUAGCGGGAAGAAGCUAUUUGACCACGUCCUCAAUGAUCUACCAGGCUAUGCUCGUCCUCUCUUCAUAAGGCUUCAGGAAUCAAUGGAGAUGACGGGAACCUUCAAGCAGCAGAAAUUCAAUCUAGUGGAGAGCGGAUUCAACCCUUCAACAAUCUGCAGCCCUCUCUAUUUCCUGGAUUUCUCCGAGAAAAGCUACGUUCCCCUCACGAACACGCUGUACUGCAGCAUUUUGGCUGGCGAGCGGAAGCUAUAGUGGUUAACCGUAGCUAAAACCACCAACCCAUUUGGUUCACUGAGACGGUGGCAGCAUAGUUGUGCCGUUUCGAAGAGGGACCAAGAGUCCAUCAAUUGGGUCUAUUCCUAAUUGUGUAUAAUGUCUGAAAUUGUCUCGUAUGAGUGGUCGGGAUCAACAGAGUGGGUUAAUGAUGAAUGGGGGGGGGGGUCAGUCUUAUAUUGAUGGGGGUGUAAAUUGUGCCUCAUCUGAUUUUAUUUUGUUUUUUUACUAAAAAAAAUAGCUGUUUUCCUCUCUGGUUUCCAGAUCUAUUGUCAAGACAGUUCAGCUAAAUUGACUUGAGACCAGUAAACCUCGACGAUCAGCACUUCCACUGUCCGUCUGUGCCAUUUUAAUUUGCGGAUGGGGUGUCAUAAAGUGUCACUAGUUCCUCGUUGAAAUGAAGACGAAUGACAGACUAAAUAGAGGCGUCGUGUGUUUUGAGGCCACCGAUGACGAUAUUCUGGCCACCCAAAAUUCUUCGUUCUGACCUACUACACUAACCAACGUAGAUAUGAACUUUUAACAUCAGAAACGCUUUGCUACAAAUUGUAGUAAUUAUUUUUUUUAAAUGUAAAUGUAAUUUAUUUUAUACAUAUAGUUAAGGCUCAUAAUUUUAACCAAAGUAGGUGUGCUUUGCAUAAGUACAUUUGUUAGGUGUCGUCCAGCAACUGUGUUGAGAUAGUGCAGUCCACUAACACAGCACUAGUUUAUUAAGUGCAUGAUGCACUAUGUCUUGUUUUCAACAGUUUGCCAGUUAGUCAUUACCAUCUUGUGUUACUCUUGAGAUGUAACCAGACCCAGGUCCAAGUAGUCUUUAUUUCCUUACUUGUACUUUUCAAUCUGUUUUCAGUGGUUCCGUUGUACGACCACCUCAAGAAAACAAGUACUAUUUGGACCCGGGGGUCUGAAUGUGAUGCAAAGUGAUUAUAUCUACUGUCAAAUGACAGCUGAGAAGUUGGUCGGGGAUUAUUUUAAGGGUCCAACUCAGUCAAACCAGUGUCAAUGCCUUAUCCCCUCAAUAAAAUAACAAUGUGGUUCUGGUACUGUAAAAUACUAGCCUGAGGGCCAUUCUGUUGGUGCUAUCCUGCCAACUCCUUGUCAGCCAAUGUCAUGCCAAUACUUGUCAUAUUUGACUUGCAAUGGAGUUGGCAAGAGCACAAAUGGGUCUGAGACCAGGCUAUAGAAGGAGACAACAGGUCUGGGACCAGGCUAUAGAAGGAGACAACAGAUCUGGGACCAGGCUAUAGGAGGAGACAACAGAUCUGG